GGCAGAAGUAAGCACACGCGGCGGGGUUGGAGCCGGGCGCGGCCUAGGUAGGUGCGCAGGCCGGGUGUCCUUUAGAGUUUGCGGCGCCCCCAACGGGGGAGCAUCGAGCACACGGGCCCAGCUUCGCUCCCCCGGCCUCCUGUAGCGGGGCCCGGGCGCAGCAGGGAGCGACUUCCCCCGUCCGAGGACACCACCCCGGCGCGGCUGGAACAAGGCGGCGGGGCUGCGGGCCCAGAGGUCUUUGCUGUCACGGUAGGAGGCGGAGGAAAGCGAGCUCUUUGCUAGCCUAGAAACUCACUAUGGCAGAACUGGGUGUGGAGAAAGAUCAAGAAGAGGGACUACUGAAGAGGGUGCAGGAACUGGAGGCAGAAGUGAAGAGACUGCAGGAGAAACUCCUGGAAGGCAAGGAGGGUCCUGAACUAAAAAGCAGUCCUUCAGCAUUGGGGAGAACUAAGAAACGCCAGCAACGGCCAUUUGAUUUUAGUGCCUAUGACAGGAAGCAUGUGGCACUGAAGAUUGCCUACCUGGGUUGGGGAUACCAGGGCUUUGCCAGCCAGGAGAACACUAACAACACCAUUGAAGAGAAACUGUUUGAGGCACUAAGCAAGACCCGGCUAGUAGACAACAGGCAAACUUCCAAUUAUCAUCGCUGUGGACGAACAGACAAGGGGGUCAGUGCAUUUGGACAGGUGAUCUCCCUGGAUCUUCGCUCAGACCUUUCAGAGGGAAAGAAAGUGAAUGGUCAUGAGAGUGGCUUGAAAGACAAAACUAGUAGUUCUGCCAACGAAAUCCGUUACACCCAUAUCCUAAAUCGGGUGCUCCCUCCUGAUAUACGUGUAUUGGCCUGGGCCCCUGUAGAGCCCAGCUUCAGUGCUAGAUUCAGCUGCCUCAAGAGGACCUAUCGUUAUUUUUUCCCACGUGCAGAUUUGGACGUGACUCUUAUGGAUGCUGCAGCACAAAAAUACGUGGGGACCCAUGACUUCCGUAACUUGUGCAAGAUGGAUGUAGCCAAUGGUGUAACAAAUUUCCAAAGGACUAUUCUCACAGCACAGGUGCAGCUAGUGGAUAGAGGAGGGGAAACUGGGCUACAGGACCCUUUCCAACUGUACCAGUUUGAAGUGACAGGCCAGGCAUUCCUCUAUCAUCAAGUCCGUUGCAUGAUGGCAAUCCUCUUCCUAAUUGGGCAGAGGAGAGAAAAGCUAGAGAUUAUUGAUGAGCUAUUGGAUGUAGAGAAGAAUCCUCAAAAACCACAAUACAGCAUGGCAGUGGAAUUUCCUCUGGUUCUGUAUGACUGCGAGUUUGAUAACAUCCAAUGGCUCUAUGACCGAGAAGUUCAGGAGUUCAAUGUUACUCACCUGCAGCAACUCUGGGCUAAUCAUGCAGUCAAAACUCACAUAUUAUAUAACAUGCUACAGGGGCUAGAGUCUGCUGCCAUAUCCACAGGGACAGGCCCAGAGAAGAACAGAAUGGUGCCCUGGAGAGAGAUGAAGCCCCCAGUCUGUAACCAGGUCAGCAGUUUCAUUGAGGGGGUGAAAGCCCGCACUUAUAAACCUUUGUUGGCUCGUCCCAAGUGUGAAGGUUUGGAGUCCCGGAUCAAUCAUUUUGUGCGCAGGGGACGUAUUGAGCUGCCUCACUGCAGAGAGAAAGAAACUGGAACAGACAAAGAGGAGCACAUAGAAACUAAGAGGGGCCACAGUGACUCUGCAGAAAAAGAUAGUGUGGCUCCAGGACAAGCUGCCAAGCGAGUCUGUGUGGACACAAGGGCUGAGAGCUCCAAUUGAGACAUUGCUAGCUGGGGGGCAGAAGCAGGACCAUCUUUCAGAGAUGGGGUAAAUGUGGUCCCCUAGGAUUUUAAGAAAAGAAACAUUGAUGGUGGAGGGGAUGGGGUACAGAGGAGAAGACUCCUAUUAAAGGUGCAGAAUUGUACCUUUAUUCUUUUAGUUUCUGGGAGGCUGUAGAGAAGACUAUUCUGACAGUGCAGAGGUUCUUACACAGGUCCAUGGAACAUAUGCUGGGAAUAAGGUACUUGUUUUGCCUCUUUUUAACCAGCUGCUAAAACGAAUUAAAAGUAGCUAAUCUUACUAUAACAUGCAAGCAAUUGCUGUAUUUGCCACAUAUCAUGUGACUGAAUGGGAGAGAGAGUGAGAAGCAGUGGUCAUAUUAGCGUGAUCCAGAUUGGAAAGUGAAAACCCCUACUCAGAGGGGGUAAGCUGCUAGCUUAUUUCUAGACUACACUGUUCAUUAGUGUAGAGCACUGGUGUGAGAACCACUGUUAUUUCCUCAUCCCUCAAUUUUCUUCAGCCCUUUUGUGCUGCGCUUUUUCUCCUUUUUGCACAUUGAAGGAGUAGCUGAGAGAAUCAGCUACUCCUUCAAUCACCUUGGUCAGGGACCAUUUCCAGCCAGGUUUCUGGGUAAAGUGCUGCCUGUCCUGUGUACCACCUAGAUGCAUUUGAUGGGUAGUGCCCACAAGUGGGAAAUAUGGUGGGUAUAAGGAUGCAUAAGUGCUUUGGAGGAACCCAUGGAUUUUGUAGAUUCCCUCUCCAUUUUUGCAGACUGUAUUUAUUUGAGGAAGGAAAUAUAAUUAGUACCAAAGGUCAGUGAAAGUAUAAAUGCUUUAGGUAACAGUGCUGAUAAUGGAGUCUUCAUGCUGACAUUUUCAAGGUGCCUAGAGGUAAUUAGGGAGCAAGAAAGCUUGAAGGGAAGUUAAAUAAAAUAAUCAUGUUUGAAAUCAGCUCUCUGGAAACAUAGGAUAUGAUUUCAGUUGAAACACUUGUCCCAAUCAAAGACUUUGGUGGGUGGACAGCAGAGAAGGCUGGAGACACUAUUUUUGAAAGGAAGAGUCUAUACUGCGAGAGAAGAAUUAAAAGAUGAUGAUACAAUGCUGCAGCCUGACAUGCCCCAUGUCUUAAUUCUGAAUCAGAUUAAACAGUUUUCAGUUUUAAACAAAAA